AUGUCAAUAGGUGUCGUGCGCAGGGGUACUGACAAUUUCCGUGUCGACUAUCCUCUUACCAGCGGUACCUAUGUGCAAUUUAGAUGUCUUCCAGUGCCAUCAACGAAUCUUUCCGGAGAAAUAACUUUCAACAUCUCUUCGCCUGACCCACGUAUCAUACUCAAAGCCGUCUAUGAUGAUCCAAACUCCAUCUUUCCUUCUCAAGUUAUCUGCAAAGAUCUGAAUCCUGAACUUGACUCAAAAAUCAUGUUAUUCUCAGACAAGCUCAGCAUGAAAAAUAUGAAAUUACUGGUAUUUUCGGAGUCGCCACCACCUUGGUUGCCCCGAAAAGCCAAUUCAGACGGCCAGUUCCCAGAACGUAGCCAGGUCAUCGACUUCCGACAGGUCGGGGGAUUCGAUCCAGCUCGUCAUGCUGGUCAGUACACUUGCGAGGCGACUAAUAUUAAUGGGGCUCGCUUUAAAAAGAUGAUUCUGCCAGAGAUUACCAAAACAAUUCCAGGUAGUUAG